AUGCCCCCAAAGAGACGUUCAAAUGCUAGCGAGGCUGGCGAGGCCUCGGGCACAGCCAAGAAGACCAAGACCACUGCCUCCGACGCCUCUGCUGCCCCCAGUGAAGAGACGCGGUGGUCCACCAAGAGCAACCGUUGGUCGGCUGUCUCUGCGUCGCGCAACGCCGACAAUGACUAUAAGAAGGCCAUGGAAGACAUUGAAUACGCCUACACAUACAUUUGCAGAUGCCCCUUUGGAACCAAUGGCGACGACGAAGAUGAGGAGGAUGAAGAGGAAGAUGAGGAGGAGGAUGAGGGUGAGGGUGAGAAGCAGCCCAAGGCCAGGUGCGACGGCGGGAAGACCUGCCUCUGCACGAAGCCUGCGUCAGAACACCCCGAUGCGCCCUUCGUGAUUACGAACGCCGGCUACCGCAAGCUCAUGACCCAGCAGAUCCACUGCCAGGUGCGCGACCCGGAUAGUUUCCGCAUGUACACCUAUAACGACCACUCCGCCUACGGUAUCCUGCAGGUUAUCCAGAACCUCGUGCUCGACUACGAGGAGGCCAAGGACAACUGGAAGGAGCAGUGGGUCAUCUGCGAGGCCAUGGUGCCGUUCAUCUGGUACCUCUCCGGUGGCGACUUUGCCAUGGCCGAUGACGGUGAGUUCUGCAGCCAGACCGCCCGCCUCAUCGGCAACCUAUUUCUCGCCACGCUCGCUCGCCUCGAGCGCGAGGGCGUCCUGGCCCCGGACUCGGAGGUCAAGGACCUCGGCAACGUAAUGGCGGGCAUGCUCAAGGUCGCGGCCGCCUUCCGCGGCUUCUCCCUCCUCGAGGACGGGACCCGCAUCAAAAAGUCCAAGAAGCGGCCCUUUCCCUUCGUCGCAGACAAGUUUGACAACUACGUCGCCGCCUACGCCAAGAAGCACGGCAUCACGCUGCGCGGCGUCCCCGGGCUCAAGGAAUUGCUGAAGGACGUGGACGAUGGUGUCGAGCUGCCUACCGCGGAAGGGCACGGCGAGGACCCCUGGGGCUGGGCCGCGGCGCUUUCCGAGUACAAGAGUAAGAAGAAGAUUGGCGGUGACGAUCUUGACAUCACGUCUUGGUCAAGCGCGGAACGGAAGAAGCACGCAUUCAGCAAGAAGGACCCACUGGGGAAGAAGGAGAUCGAUGCCAUCAAGGAUGGCAUGGUGAUGAUGCUUGGGUAG